ACACGUUUUGCGUCGUCAACUAGUUGUUCUCUUUUGCAAUAAAUUACGAUUGUUUUUUAGUCUAGAUCAUUUUCAUUGGAUGAAGCAAGUUAAUAACAAUAAGCCAGCCAAUUAAAUAUCAUUUUGUUAGAAAAUGAAAACUGUAUAGUAGAUAUAUAAAGUGACCGCCACUGAGCAAGUAAUCUUUAGAUAGUGACCGCGUUUCAAAUUUAAACUUUUAUACUGGAAUAUAAUUAUCUGCAGAGGCUCAUUAAGUGCUUGUGUUCUCCUUUAAAGUGUUUGAAUAUUGUAAGUAAUUUUAAUACUCAUAUCCAGUUAAAUUGGUUAGUUGAAAACGUAGUCUAAAUAAUAAUGGAAAACACAACAGACUUCCAAUACCCUCACACUUUUAUUCUACUGGGAGCAUCAGGAGAUCUAGCAAAAAAAAAGAUUUAUCCAACUAUAUGGUAUCUCUACCGUGACAAUCUUCUUCCGGAAAAAACUAAAUUUAUUGGUUAUGCUCGUACUAAACAAUCUGUAACAGAUAUAAGAGAAAAGUGUAAGAAAUAUAUAAAGUUACUCCCUGGUGAUGAAGAAAAGUUUGAAAAGUUUUGGCAAUCUAAUGAUUACUUUUCUGGCACAUAUGACAAACGUGUUGAUUUUGAAAUGCUAAAUCAGUUAAUUACUAAGUUUGAAAAGGGACCAGUUGCUAACAGAAUUUUCUAUUUAGCUGUACCUCCAACAGUAUUUGAAGAUGUAACUGUCAAUAUAAGAAAUGCUUGUGUAUCAAUUAAGGGUUUUACUCGAGUUAUAAUUGAGAAGCCAUUUGGAAGAGAUGAUAUAUCUUCUAGUAAAUUGAGUAAUCAUCUAGCUGGUCUAUUUAAAGAAGAGCAAAUGUAUCGGAUUGACCACUAUCUUGGCAAAGAAAUGGUGCAAAAUCUAAUGACUAUACGAUUUGCAAAUCAAAUUUUUUGUCCAUCAUGGAAUAGAGAAAAUAUUGCCUCAGUUCUCAUUUCAUUUAAAGAACCAUUUGGUACAGAAGGCAGAGGUGGAUACUUUGAUGACUUUGGAAUUAUAAGGGAUGUUAUGCAAAAUCACCUUCUGCAAAUUUUAUCUCUUGUUGCUAUGGAGAAACCUGUAUCUUUAAACCCUAAUGACAUUCGAGAUGAGAAAGUUAAAGUGCUUAGGCAUAUUCGUCCUAUUAAACAAGAGGAUAUACUCAUUGGCCAGUAUGUUGGCAAUCCUGAUGGACAAGGAGAUGAAAAGUUGGGUUACCUUGAUGAUCCCACUGUUCCAAAGGACUCUGUGACACCAACAUAUGCUUUGGCUACACUUUUUAUAAAUAAUGCUAGGUGGCAGGGUGUUCCAUUUAUAUUACGAUGUGGUAAGGCCCUUAAUGAAAGAAAAGCAGAAGUAAGAGUACAAUACAAAGACGCUCCAGGUGAUAUAUUUAAUGGCCAUGCUAAAAGAAAUGAACUGGUAAUAAGAGUGCAACCUGGUGAAGCUCUAUAUUUAAAAUUAAUGAGUAAGUCUCCAGGUAUGACCUUUGAUCUUGUAGAAACUGAGCUUGACUUAACAUACAGCAUGCGUUACAGAGAAGCUGAUGUCCCAGAUGCAUAUGAAAGAUUAAUAUUGGAUGUAUUCAUGGGUACACAGAUGCAUUUUGUUCGAUCCGAUGAACUUACUGAGGCCUGGCGUAUUUUCACUCCUAUUUUAAAGGAAUUAGAGGAACAACAUGUCAAGCCAGUUCCUUACAGAUAUGGCUCUAGAGGACCAUUAGAAGCUGAUAUGAAAUUGGGCGAAAAUGAUUUCAAAUAUUCUGGUUCCUACAAAUGGAAAAAACCUGUCUGUUAAAAUUACAAAUAUAAUAUUAUGGUGGUGGUUUUUAUUACUGAUUAUGUUGAUAAUUUAUAGUAUCACAAUACCUUCCAUCCAGCCUAUG